AUGCUGGCCUUAUUGAAGCUUGCUACGCCUAUACAAUGUGAUAGACUAUCGCCCUUUCAGCUAACGAAUGGAACUAGAAUUUUUGGUCAAGCCACGGGAAUCUGGUUUCGAUUUGAGGGUUCUCCCAUUGCGCUUAUGGAAGUAGCCACGAACGAUUCAUCUUCGAAGUACUCGAGGCAGUCGGCAAUACCGUUGGGAUUCUUGUCGUUACUGGGAUCAUAUAAGAAACAUUUCAUAAUAGUAUGCAAAUGGAGGCGGCGGGGAGAAGCGUUGCAAGUUCGAGCGAGCGCAGAAACUGUAACAAAUAUCCUCAAGAGUAUUGAACUAUGCGCUUUCUAUAUGAGACUCAGGGCUUCCAAUAGGGCGUACUACGGUCCGUACAAAGUGAACCGUAAUGGCCACGUGCUUAGUACAACAGUACCCAGCUACAAUACGUACCCCUACCUCUCAUCCUCACUGCUGUACGAACGUACACAAAAUUACCUAAUCAUUUUAGAGAAGGAAAGAAAAGAAGUUGACUUGGAGAUUUUGGUCUUUUAUCACCUUGGACGCCAUCGCGCAUUUGCUCAGCUUCGAGGUGAUGCUAGGUCAAUGUACACAGCCCUUAAGGUGCGUGCCUACACUGUUGUAUGGAUUGGCGACUGUGAUGAAAAGAUCGAGUUGAGAACCCUUCACAAAAGCAAGGGCUCGAACUGGAGGGGUGGCCGAUUUGAGUCUCAAGGUCUGAAAAGGGUCUACCCUAAUUUUUAUAUUCAUCCAGAGGACCCUAUUGGCCAAGUCAAAGGGUUCUCUGCCCAGAGCCUGCAGUGUCCAGGAUAUAGUUGGAGUGAUUUAACUACACCCGUGGCUUGCGGCUUCGGGAGCCGCGUGUCGGAGUGUGGGGUUUGA